GAACAUGCCACUGGUCGUGGUUUGCGGGCUGCCGUCCAGCGGCAAGAGCCGGCGUACGGAAGAGUUACGUCGGGCGCUGACCGGCGAGGGACGUUCGGUGUAUGUGGUGGACGAUGCUUCGGUGCUGGGCGCGCAGGAUUCCACUGUGUACGGCGACUCUGCGGGUGAGAAGGCGCUACGUGCUGCGCUGCGGGCCGCGGUAGAGCGGCGCCUGAGCCGGCAGGACGUGGUCAUCCUAGACUCCAUGAACUACAUCAAGGGGUUCCGCUACGAGUUGUACUGCCUUGCGCGAGCUGUGCGCACGCCGCUCUGCUUAGUUUACUGCAUAAGGCCCGGCUGGCCAAGCCGCGGGCUUCCGGUGCCUGGCGCCUGCGAGAGCUCGGACCCGGCUGUCAGUGUGAGCUGGAGGCCGCGCGCCGACUACGGCGAGAAGACUCAGGCGGUCGGCGCUGUAGAGCAGCGCGCCAUCAGCCCCUUAGCAAAUGGGGGAGUCCCGACCGCUGUCCCCAAGGAACUGGAUCCAAAGGAUAUCCUGCCAUCAAAUCCUCCAGCUGUAAUGACUCCGGAAUCCGAGAAAUCUGCAGAGCCUGCGCCAUGUGCCUUUCCUCCCGAACUUUUGGAGUCCUUAGCGCUGCGCUUUGAAGCUCCCGACUCUCGGAACCGCUGGGAUCGACCCUUGUUCACCGUGGUGGGUUUAGAAGAGCCAUUGCCCCUGGCUGAGAUCCGGUCUGCACUGUUCGAGAAUCGGGCUCCCCCACCCCAUCAGUCUACACAGUCCCAGCCCCUGGCCUCUGGCAGCUUUCUACACCAGUUGGAUCAGGCCACGAGCCAGGUGUUGACUGCUGUGAUGGAAGCACAGAAGAGCGCUGUACCCGGAGACUUACUAACGCUUCCUGGCACCACGGAGCACCUCCGAUUUACCCGUCCCUUGACCUUGGCAGAAUUGAGUCGCCUCCGUCGCCAGUUUAUUUCCUACACUAAAAUGCAUCCCAACAAUGAGAACCUGCCUCAAUUGGCCAACAUGUUUCUUCAGUAUCUGAACCAGAGUUUGCACUAAUGGGAUAGUGGUCUGCAGCGGUGGCUCUUGUCUGAAUUCCCCUGUACUUUGGCUAGGAAAAAUAGUCCGAAGGUCUGCAAAGCGCACUGUAGUACUGAGAUGCUAAAUUUGACUCAUUUUCUUAACUGCCUCUGCCAUACCCUGAGUGUGCUGCAUAAGCUGAGGCAUUGAGCACCAGCUCCAAAAAUACCAGGUGGCUUCGGUUGGAAUCUACUUGGGGAUUCUUCAUACACUGUUUUCCUUUCAUCGGGACGGAGAAUUGUUAAGUCAACUGUGAGUAGAAACCGAAGAUAACAGUUUUGUAUUUAUGAUGGCCCUUUCAUACUACAAAUACUUUUGAGCACAGUGCCUCUUGCUAUCUAUCCUGGAACUUCGAACACAGAUAAAUCUUGUUCUGCCCCUGGGAAACUGAUAUUUGUAUAAGACAACCAUUAGAUAUUUCCUCUAAUAAAAUCUUCUAAAAUUA